UGUAGUGCUAGGGAAAAAAAUAAAACGUGCACCCAAGAGGGGCCCCAGGACCGAGUUUGGGAAACCCUGGUCUAAAACACCAGGAAGUGUCAAGGAUGUGCACUUAUUCACUCAUGGAAAUAAUUCAGAUUUAUUAACUGGUGGAUGCUUUUCCAAAGUUGGCCUACAGUAUCGGCACGAAAAUAUGAACUUAUUUUGCAGUGAUCCCAAUAGUGUAUUUCUAAUGAUCUGCAACUCUGCAUUAUCAAAUGUUGAGUUAUACUUAAUAAAUGAUGAGGUUGGCAGACUGGAGAGCAUCUCUAUGAAGUUCAGAUCAGAAGACUGACCCAGCUGAGAAUAUUCCCUAUUUUAUUCAACAAUUUAAUACACAUUAACAUCAGUCAAACACAAACAUACUGUAUAUGCUGCCUUGAUUUGUGAAAGCUAUUAUUUCCAAACAGACUAGAGUUGAGUGAGGGAUCAUAAAGUACAGGAAUUUGCUCGCUGGAAGUGUGUGAGAGAGAGAUUAUAUCUCUGUGUGAAUACUGUCCUGUGAGGUGGCCACUACACUGACUGCUGCGCUCUCGAAGGGUGCUCCUUUGUACACAAACGAGAUCCGGGAGCUGCCUGUUCUAUUCCACAAACGCUCAGAGGAAAACGGCGAGGCAGAAAGCGGUGGGCGGAAAUAGAAUUCAGGUUGUUGAAGACCCUAGGGAACUUUCACUCUUCACUUGAAAGGAAAUAACAUUGAAAGGAAAAGGCAAAGAAAUUCCGUAUCCAAGAUUAGAUGGCGUCAGUGAAUGACUCUCGCCUUCAGCAGCAGCCUGCUCAGAAGGAUGCGGCUGACCAGAACUUUGACUACAUGUUCAAGCUGCUGAUCAUUGGCAACAGCAGUGUGGGGAAGACCAGCUUCCUGUUCCGCUAUGCUGAUGACUCCUUCACCUCAGCCUUCGUGUCCACCGUGGGCAUAGACUUCAAGGUCAAGACCGUCUUCCGCAAUGAGAAGAGGAUAAAGUUACAGAUAUGGGACACAGCGGGGCAGGAGCGCUACCGUACCAUCACCACAGCCUACUACAGAGGAGCCAUGGGCUUCCUGCUCAUGUAUGACAUCACCAACCAGGACUCCUUCAACGCAGUUCAGGACUGGGCAACUCAGAUUAAGACAUACUCUUGGGACAACGCACAGGUGAUCCUGGUGGGAAACAAGUGUGAACUGGAGGAUGACAGGCUAGUCCCCACAGAGGAUAGCCAGAGACUGGCCGAAGAUCUUGGGUUCCAGUUCUUCGAGGCCAGCGCCAAGGACAACAUCAACGUGAAGCAGGUGUUUGAGCGGCUGGUAGACGUCAUCUGUGAGAAGAUGAACGAGAGCAUGGACGGAGAUGCCAACCUGAUGUCCAACCACAGGGGCACCAGUCUACAGGACUCGCCUCCAGAGAACCAUGGGGGCUGUGGCUGCUAAAUACCGCCUCACUCCUCCUCACAGCCCCACACCAAACCCUGUCACUGUGCCUAAAGUAGAGAGAGUACACCUCUCAAACUACACCCCAACCUCACACCCCCUAACACAGCCACUACAGUGAAAAUCAUAAAGCAGCUAGCAGAAAUAACCAUCGGUCCCCUCCCCUCGGUCAAUCCAGCGCUAUCCCACAUAUCCCCUGCUCUACUUCCUGUCCUAGCUGAAAAGGCCCCAUUUCUCUUGUGUACUGUGGCCUUCACACAGUAGUUCUGUGGUGGGCUGGUAUUCAUCCGAGUCCCCCCCGUCAACUGCCUCUACCACAUGGCCUCCCCUCUGCUCUUCUGGCAAACAUUUUUUAAGUAUUUAUUGUGAGAAACCAUUAUUUAAUGGCUUUACUUUUAAAGCAAAACUAGUUCAAUCAGCUUAAAGAAAUGCCAAUGUGAAGAAUAUUUGUUAUAAUGAAAUAGUUUCCAGUAGUCAUUAUUUUAGGUCAUUGUUGUGUUCAGAGUUUAAUGAAUGAAAAUAUAAUAGUUUAAGACUCAAAUAGAGCAGAAGGUGCUUUUGUCUUGGAUGCCCCUUGGCUAGGUGCUCUGCUUUGAAUGUAUUCAUUGGACUAAACUUAUCAGAAUCCAAAACCAGAUAGAAAGAAGACAGCACCCCAAAACCUGAAUAAAAAUCCAACAAAAAUCCACGUUUUGCUGUCAUAUUUCGGCUGUUGUAUGACCGAAUGAAGUCUUGAACAGCGCAAAUAUGUCAGCACAAAAUGGCUAAGGAAAACUAAAUGGUUAAAAUGAAGUGUGGGGUUGUCAUUGUUGUACCCUUUGGAGUGCUGCCUUUUUCUUACUGUCCAACGGUCUAGUCUUGACUAAUUAAUUCCAGCGUAUCCUUGCUCAAAAUCUAGAUGGAACUGUUAUUAAUUAAUCAGAUAACAUCAUCCAGACAAUCACAAAACUGAGUUAUUCUGCUGCUUUGGCCUUUUGCUUCCUUAUUUACCUGACCUCCAUGCUUUACUCUGUGACACUGCCAUUUUGCCAUGUCCUCAGAAUAAUUGUGCGCUACUACUCGAAACUUUCUUAACCACUACUGCUUACGGGAAAGAUAAGUAUGAGAUUCUGUUCCAAACAAUGUUAGAGCAAUAUUGGCCUUGAGUUGUGCUCCAGGGCGUUUGUCUGGGAGGAAGUCGUAUAACACUAGUGACACUGACGCGAGUCACGUGACCUGCUCUGGCAUGUCCUCGCUCACCCCUCUGUGCCACCCUUCCUACUCACUGUUCUUACACUUUCCAACCCAAUUGCACACGACUUCUCAACAGUGUGUCCUGUCCUGUAAUCUGGAUGUGCCAGUGUAAACUGCCUGCAUUACUUGCAUGAUGUUACUGUACUGUUCUUACUUCUAAGUUACUGUCUAUGAAGUAGCCUAAUUAAAGUGUGGUGAUUGGCCAAGCA